GCCAAGGGUGAGAAGAUGGCGGCGGCGGCGGCGGGCCCUGGCGGCCGGGCCGCGGCUCCGGGGCGGCGCGGCCGGCGGCGGCGGGCGCAGGCCGAGGAGGAGGCGGGGGCCGAGUGCCCGCUGUGCCGGGGGGCGCUGGUGGAGGCGGUGACGCCGCCCUGCCGCCACUCGCUCUGCCGCGCCUGCUUCCAGCGCUGCCUGCAGGGUCCGGGCCUCUGCUGCCCGCUCUGCCGCAGCCGCCUCUCCACCUGGGCCCGCCGGCAGCAGAGCGGGGCCGCCGCCGCGGGAGGAGGCGCGGAGCAGCGAGCGCCGGACGAAGACUUUAUAUUCAGAGCACCCAUCAAAUUAAGCAAACCGGGGGAACUGCGUGAGGAAUAUGAAAGCCAGCUGAGGAAGUUGAGGGAAGAAAAAUUACAAGAGGAAAAAACGUCUGAGGAUCUGAUCCACAAGCUAAUUCUAGAAGACAUGGAAGGGGGAAAAAGAAAAAUGGAAGAACAGCAAAAAAAAGAUGAACCACUAAUGCUUAAAAUGAAUCAAGAAUGUUUUCCAGAACGCCUCUCGGAUUCAGAGAAUGAAGAACCAUUCCGGAGCAAACACACACAUCGGUCGGCUUUUGUCUCCAAAGGCAGCGCCUAUUCUUUCACCUUUCUGACAGGGAACCUAACCUCCAAACUGGAAAGGAGUCAGAGUUGCAGUGACACCAUUCAAGAUCGAUCAAAGAGCAGGCAGAGAUCAGCCCCAGCCAACAGAACAAAGGUUCCAUCAGUGACCAGUGCGUCAACUCCCAUUGUUGGAGUUUUGUCAUCCACCCAAAACAAUCGCUGUCUCUCUGCCCCAGAUUUGACAGCAGAGAAGCGUCUGGUUUUCAACUCUGUUUCGUCACUCUCCAUUCUGCACAAGCCGGAGCGAUCCAUCAGCCCUGAGAGCAAUGACAGUAUCUCAGAAGAGCUAAAUCAUUUCAAACCUAUUGUCUGCUCACCAUGCACUCCUCCCAAGAGGCUUCCUGACGGCAAAGUCUUGAGUCCUUUGAUUAUAAAGUCUACUCCAAGGAACCUCAACCGAAGCCUGCAGAAACCAACCACCUAUGAAGCUAGUCCCAGAAUCCUGAAAAAAUGGGAGCAAAUAUUUCAGGAGCGCCAGAUUAAAAAGACUCUCUGUAAAGCUACCCUUACAUCUCUGGCUUCAGAGACUGGAGAGGACUUUCUGGUUCCUGACAUUGCUAACUCCAAUAAAGAGCAGCCACGAAUGUUAAAUGAUCAAAUUCCACCUGGUUCUGCGGCACACACAAACACAGAGUUAGAUUAUUGCCCUUCAAUCAGUGAAGUGAAGCUCGAAAGGACUGGUAACAAGAAAAACUGUUCACAGGCCUUAACAAUGGAUGGCAGUUUCUCUGAACUAGAUACAAGGUCAAAUGGAACCUCUCUGAACACUCAAAUUUCAGAUGUGUCUGAAGUAAAAACAAAUUCAUAUCUGGACAAAUCUGGUCAUUAUUUUUGCCCCAAUGCUAAGACAAGAAGAAUAAUUGGAGUCAACCCAGCGCUGCCAGGGAACAGUAUGCUAGGAGUUUCUGUCAAGACAGCAGGAAAAAAGCAGCUGAAAUACCUGAACAAUAGUGAAUUGAUCAACGUACAAAAUGGUACCUGCAAUUCUGUUGAAAACGUUAUUGGUGAACAGCCCCCUUCACUGAGACGAGGACGAAAGAGACACUGUAAAACAAAGCACUUGGAACAGAAUGGUUCGGUUAAAAGACUGAGGCAGACAGCUGGUGAGAUGGGCUUGGCCACAGCUGAUUCUUUAGUGAGGGAGAUGGAACAGAAGCUGCAGCAGGAGGAGGAAGACAGGAGGCUGGCCUUACAACUGCAGCGAAUUUUUGACAGUGAAAACAGGACAAUGGAUAGGCGGAAAGGAAGAGUAGAUCAAUAUCUCUUGCGGUCAAAGAGCACUACAGGUGCAAAGUAGCACUUAGGAACAAUGUUGCCUUUUGUAGAGGACAUGAGGUUUAUCAAAAUAUCCUAUAGGAGGAACUAUUUUCUUGUCAUACUACCACCCACAAAUUUUUUUUUUCUUUUUGAUGGUAAGACAUUUUAGAUCCAGUUCACACUGAAGCCAGGGUCCUUGCAGGUUAAAAACAAAAAUUCACCUGUCCCGUUUUGUCCAUCGCUCUGAAAGACAACUGAUCCUCACCAUGUAUAUGCUGAAAUGUACUUAAACAUAGUAGGUGACAUUUCUGAGUUAAAUGCUGAUGGUGACCAUCUUACUAAGGCAAUGGGAUACUAAGAGUAUAUGAGCUCAAUGAUAAGGACCUUGUCAAUCCACUGUCCAGCCUGCUGCAUCAUGUCAGGCAGAAAUUAGCGAUUGAAAACACAUUUAUGUAAAUCAUCCAGACUGUUUCUCUCCAACACCCCAAUCCUGUGCCUGUUUCACUCUCUCCCUUAUGUUGCAGCCAGAUACUGUGAAUGGAUCGUAAGUUAUAACAUAGUGAUGUAAACUCCCUGGUUUGUGAUAACCUUGUAACAAUGGGACCCCUUAAGAAAGAGGCUAUGAGCCAUGCUUUCUCCUUUAUGUCCUAAGGAGCAAAUGGAGACAUCCAUAGUGGAUAUGAUUCAGUAACACCUUCCAGGGGCACAACAAAUGAAAUACAUUAGACAACGCAGAUCAGAGGUUAUUGUAAUGAGACCAAAUGAAAUGUAGGAAACCUGCAAACCAAGGAUUUUAUGGAAAAUGCAUUGUUGAAGACUAGUUAAUCGAUGUUGGUAAUUAUCGCAGAAAACUUAGCUAUAAAGAAAAGGUAAAGUGAAUACUUCCAACCCACUCUCUUGGGAUGGCACGAAGGUGAAACCAACCAGUCAAUGUGGUUUUGCUUAUCUUGGACAUUUAGGAAGAGAAGCAUCAGGAAGGAAGGAAGCCACCCAAAUGAAUCCGUUUGACAGUGGCAGCAUGGGAGCCCCGUGUACUGCUCAUUCCCUAGGUAUAAACCGGCCACGGUUGGGUUGGGGAAUGUGUGCACUUGCAGUUGUAGUAUUACUUAGCACUUAGUGGACUAUUUACCCAGAGGUUUCAAAGCAUUUGGUAGCAGCAAGUGGCCUUUAUCUUCACUUUAGAGAUGUAGAAACUGAGGCACAAAAGUUACAAUUUUCAAAACAGCUGCUAAUUUUGGGCUCCUCCCAUUCCAGUUGAAGUAAUUGGGAGCUGGGGGUGCUCGGCCCUUUUAAAAUUCUUGGUCCUAGAUCUCCCAAACGAGGCUCUCCAAAACAGUGGCAUCCAGUUAGUUGACACUUCAGCCUAUCAGCUGGCCCAGGGUCAGUGGUAGAGUUGGGAAUAGAACCCAGGACUCUUGACUAGCCCAGGACCCUAUCCAGUGGAGAGCGUGUUCUCCACCCCACAUGCAGCAAUCACCAUGUGAAGCCCUUUCCAAGUGGGAAUUCCCACAAGGCUUUCACCGUUGAGCUUAAUGCCACAGUCUGGCCCAAAUCACACUGAUGCUUUAAGCAGCCUGACAAAGUCUGUCUGUCUGCCUGCGGUGUGGAGGGUGUUCGAUUUUCUCUCUUGGACCAAUUGCAAGGAAUAUAGAUCAAUGCAUUAGGUAAGGUAAAUGACCAUGCUGCCUGUUAAUGGGUGCCCUUCCUUCCCAAAGAACCUCUGCUUUUCUCCCUUUCACCUCAGGCAUGUCCUUGCAAUUGUUUCACCGAGUGAAAUAACUUUCUCGAUUACCACCAGUAAUGGGCUCAGAAAUGUCACUCUUUGAAUCUUGAAUUUCGGACCUAGAUGAUGGAUCUUCUGUUCUGUCAGUGGAAUUUUUUUCCCCUUUCAGAAACGUGAGUCUGCCAGUUUAAUAUCUUGUUGCUCCUUAUGCCAGGUGACGCUGGCAUUUUAAAGAGCUACCUGAAACACGCUGCACCAGCAGUACACCAAGCAGCUGGCAAACCUUGCAGCUGAGCUGUGCAGUGCUGGGAGGUUCUGCUAAUGCAGCAUAUAAGAAGCUGAUGUAAAAGGAUUUUAAUAGUUCAUCUGUUUCUGCUGUGUCUUUUGCUCUCUCCUUCCAUCUUAAAUGAUGAGGAAUGGCUUGCCUUCCUGGCAACAAAGGAAUUGGUUUCGUCUCCGGCUUGCCACUUAUUCAUAUAACUACAAGGACCCUGAAGCUUUUUACUGCUUUAAACUGGAUUUAUUUUUAAAAAAAAAAUCUUAUAUUUUAAUGGAUAAAAUUUAUAUAUUUUAAAUACUAUAUUUCAACAGAUUGACACUUUCAUUUUGAGAAAUCUUGUAGUAAUGAUGACAUAAUAUAUAUCUCAUAUUAACACACACAAACUACUGGCUAUUCAACUAAUAUGUGAAGCCAGGAAGUUGAUGCUGGUUUUCUGAACUCUCUUAGACUGGACUGCUGUGCCUAACUCUUGUAGCUCAUGGGUUGUGUAUUAUUGUAUCCUCUUUGGAGAGGAAAUUCUGCCCUUAGUUACACACUUGCAACCUCUCUGGGCCAAAUGCACAGCUGAUUUUAAGCUGAUACGACUCCAGUGACUUGACCUGCAUUACACUCACUUAAGCCAGCAGUGAAUUUGAAGGAAACUUGAUUGAAGUCAGUGGGUUUGCAUGGGUCAGAGCUACUGAUGGUCAAAUUUGGUCUCAUCAGUACUCACGAACAGCAGAGUACAUUAAGGAUGGAACAACAAUCUUUAAUCCUGAAUUUCCUUUAUUUUUGUUCUGAGCAAAAGCUUUUUUACACUAUCCAAGUGUAUUCAUUAUUUUUUUCCUAGUCUCUCUUUCAACAACCCCUUAUCCGGUCCCACCCGAGUGAAUAUCUUGAAACAGGCUUCCUUCCUCAAUUACCGUGGCUUGUUCUCGGCCUGGGCUGCUGGCUUUUUUUAAGACAAAAGAGCUUUUGAGAAACUCACUUUCUGUGGGUUUCAAAAAGCUGAAUGUAUCUUUCCUUAGAAGGAGAUUUUGAGUCCUACCCACCUAGGCCAGUGUCCUUCUGUGUGGUUCUUUUUAAAAAGGUCACUUAAACACAUGGGUUUUGUGUGUUAAUUUCAUGUGUUAAUUUUGUUUUUAUUUUAAAUCUGAGUCUCAAUGGAAGUGCAGGAGCCAUUGCCUCAGGACAGUUCCUCAAGCUAACACAGCUUGAUAGAAAAGAACCAUGCUAGAAUGUCUGUUACAUACUUCAUUAUCUAUGGGUCGUUCACACAAAUGGCCCUACUCUGCAAAUUGUUACAUGAUUAAUCCAAGGCCCUGAUUCCACUGAAAUUAAUACAGAGCUCCCAUUGAUUCAAUGGGUGCAGGUCCGGACCAUCAUAGAAAAGCCCUUACAAAGUAUGGUCCAUUUUAUCAGUAUUUAUUUAAAGAGGCCUUUGAUUUUGGGAUCCUCUUGUGGAGUAAUGGUGGAUCCUAAAAAUCUGUCACUUUUUUUUUGUGUGAGACAUUAUUACUUGUACGCAGAGCAUCUUUAAAUAAUGUGGCAGGGUUGGUUUCAAUAUUUCCAAGGGGUGCUUGUCCACAAAAUACAGUGUAGGAUUUUAGUCCAUUAAUUUCAGCCUUUCUUAAAAGAAAACUACAGUUUAUAUUUAUAAUUUUAUCCUCCAUCUAGUUGCUUAAAGAUCAAGACAGACCGUUUCCAGCUUGCUAGAAUAGAUGCAGUCCUACUCCUUUAAAGUCAGUGAGAGCAGGAUUGGGCCCAUACCGCCUGAUCCAAAGUCCACUGAAGUCAAUGGGAGUCUUUCCACUAACUCUGCUGGGCUUUGGAUCAGACACCUGGUUUGUGCAUCUCCAUGUGCACUUAGCUGGGGAGGCUGGAGACGCGAGUUGAUGGAAUGUUGAUGACUCUGUUGGAAUGUUUUACUACUUUAACAUCAUGAACAGUGUUUUUAUUAUUUACUAGAAAAACUUGGGUAAAAAAAAAGGGUACUGUAUACACCUGCGCUUCAAACAGCAGAAGUUCCCAGCCCUUCGUGCAUUCAGAGGGCAAAUUUACACUUCCUUUGACACAGCUAAUGCCAAGUGAGAAGUAUCAGUAAAACAGCGGCUCUGGUGGAGACACCAGAACCAUGGAUGGAGUCAAAGAUCUCCACAUGUUUGGAGACACUAAAACAAGAAAAGAUUUUAUUAAAAAAUCUCUCUUUUGGCCAUUGUUUUGCAUCUUCCUUUCUGAUCUAACAUUCUCUAAGGAAUUGAAGCUACUCCCUGCACUUUGCGAGAAGGUGAAGGCAUGUACAAAUUCUUCCAGAAUGUGAAUGUCUCUCACCUUACUGCCCUCCUGUAAGCUAAAAUGGGGCUCAGCUGUGGGGGCCCUGUGGCUGGUGAAGUAAUUGCACUGCUUGUUGCACUUCCUUGUGACAAGAAGGGGUGGGAUUAGGGAUUUCAUUUAGUAGCUGAAUGACUGAAUCUGCCAAAGAUGCCACAGGACUUUAAACCAACUCUAACUCUGUAGAUUUCUAGAUGGGGUGAAAAAAAUGUAUUAAAGGUCUUUGGGGGGGUGGUUAGUGACUACAGACAUCAGUAAACAAAUGAAGGAAAAGUGCCAAAAGAGUGGAUUGUGCAAAAGAUGAUUGUAUAACACUGUCCUAUAUUGUCAGUAUUUUUUCUUCAAAUGGUAUUGUACAUGCAGUAUGGAUUAGUCUUGAAGUACAGCUUAAUCAAGUGCUUCUUUGUCUUUUGUCAAUGAAAGCAAAGGGGAGAUAGAUGCCUUAAAGACUAUAACUGAUUUUAAAACCAGGCCUUUAGCCAUGCAUCAAGGAGAUAGCCCUGCAGUGCUCUCUGCUGGACUUUCCAGACCUCUUUGCCAUCUUCUAGCUUUCAAGUGAAAGGUUGAUAAGGAGCCUGUCCUGUGCAGUGGGAAAAUAUUUCAUCAAAACCAAUCCUUUCUGAUUUUUAAAGGGGACGAGAGAUGAAAACUAAAGACCAUUCCUUGUUCAACUUUUGCAUGUGGACAUGAAGGUCCAGCAAGUCACUUAUCGAGCUCUAUGGGAUCUUUGGUAGAUCUUCACAAUGAGCUCAAAACUGUGCCAUGUCUGCUGAUUGAACUGUAGCUCAGAAACCGGAACAGUCUCUCUCCAUGUUGUACAUGAGUUUGAUGUAAACUGUUUUCUUCCCCUUAUCUCUAAAACACUGCAACGCAUCAAAGAGAUAGAGAAUUAGCUAUUCACUAUGCAAAGAAAAAAUCGUUUAACUGAUGGGAUCAUGUGUAUGCCUGGUUUUCUGGUGUUUACUGUCAAAUUGUUUAAAACAAAUAUAGAUGUUGCUACAUUUUUUCCAAUAUGCUUUAAAUUAUGGUGCUUUGGUGUAUCCUCAACUUGCUGUUCAAAAACCAGUGCAGUAAAAGACAAAAGGUCAUUUAGGGCCUCAGCUGAACCACUGGCUUCAUCAGAAAAUUAUAAAACACAUCAGAGUUUACUGAGAGCUUAUUUACUUGCAUGUGUAUAAUGUGUGGGUAAAAUAACAUGUGGGGACAUGGUUC